AAAUUCUCUCCCUGGGUUCUUCAAAUUUCAGCGUCUUAAAUAGAAAGAAGGGUGAAAAGUGAGGAGUAAGAAUGUCAAGCGACAGAUGCAGCCAUUGGUGCUAUAGCUGCAGACAGCCAGUAAACCUUACAAGACAAAAUGUGACUUGCCCGAACUGCCAUGGAGGGUUUGUGCAAGAUCUUGAUGAGGUUACUGCCACUGAAACCGAAUAUGAUGGCGAGGAUAACUACCACCAACGGCAGUCGAGGUUCAUGGAAGCCAUCUCCAGCUUCUUGAGGCGGCAAAUGUCAUCAUCAAGAACAGAUAGGCGUCAGCCUGAACCAAGUAACCCUUCUUGGAACCCAUUGCUGAUUUUUAGCGGCGACGUGCCAGCUGGAGGCAAUAGCGGUGGAGGAGGAGGGAUGACAGAGUUUCUGAACGAGGCUCUCGGAUUCAGAAGAGAACAUGGAGGAGGUGAUUAUUUCAUUGGUCCUGGUGUGGAAGAGUUCUUUGAUGAUAUAAUCAGCAGCAAUAACAACCGAUCGGUCCCUCAAGCGGCUUCAAGAUCUUCAAUUGAGUCCCUUCCUAAGGUCAAUAUAUCAAGAAAGCAUGUCCGGUCUGAUCUUCAUUGCCCAGUCUGUAAAGAUAAGUUCGAAAUGGGGACCGAAGUGAGAAAACUUCCUUGUGAUCAUUUGUAUCACGCGGAUUGUAUCAUUCCGUGGCUCCAACAACGCAAUUCCUGCCCGGUUUGUCGCCGAGAGAUGGAACCGGAGAGAUUGGGUGAUCACUGCGAUGACCUUAGUGACUCCCGGAGUCAAAGUCGAACCAACUCAAUGAGACUUUUUGAGAGGAGAAGGGAGAGGGGGAGGAGAAUGUGGUCUUUCUUGUGGCCCUUCAGGUCUUCUCGUUCUCGCCGCCGUGGUGGAGUUCCUGAAACCAACAUAGAGGCCACCAACCUGCAGUAUAGUCAUCAUCACCAUCAUGUUAGUGAGUACUCUAGCUGGCCAUUUGAAUAGAAGAUUAGAAGUUAAUCCUCUGUUUAGUCCAUGUGACUAUCCACUGUUAAUCUAUUUGGUCUCCCUAUAUGCAAUUUUAUUAUAAUGUAUUUGGUUCUAAAUAAAAGAAUAUUUUGUCAAUUCACUAUAUUUGGUGUGUCUUCAAUCAUGUACAUUGGAUCAGUAGUGGAUGAAGAUACCAUCCAAAAUGACAGUAAAAUUUAGCCAAGGGCUAAAUUAAGUCUCUAUUGUAGUCAAGAACCAAAUUAAGAGAUUUGAGUCUAAAAAGAAAGUUGUGGACAAGACUGAGUAAUAUAAUCUGUAUCAAAAUAUAUAGUCAAGUGACUAAACUGGUAUUAACUACUCCGUAUAUGAAUAACUAGCAAGGCUAGUUGGUGGUGGGCAUGGGGCAUUCUUGGACAUAAUAUAUAUUUUUGUUAUGUUGUGAUAAUAAUUGGUGUGUACCUCCCUGUCCAAACUCUAGUGUUCCC